CCAUCGGGAAGAAGCACGGGGAUGCGGGGGCCCAAAGGCGAUCCUGGGGAGCCAGGUGUGCCGGGCAUUCCAGGGAACAAAGGCUACAGAGGUCCAGACGGGCCCCAGGGCCCUCCGGGGGAAGUGGGAGACCAGGGGCCGAAGGGCCAAGUCGGCAACGUCAUGCACCAAGCCAGAGCCGCCUUCUCGGCCUCCCGGCAGAGCCCGGAACCGAACGGCAACGUCGUGGUCUUUGACCACAUCAUCACCAAUCAGGACAACGGCUACAGCGGCCAGAGGGGCAUGUUCACCUGCAAGGACCCCGGUUACUAUUACUUCUCCUUCCAGGUGGUCUCCGCUGGCAACCUGUGCCUCAUCUUGGUGCACAAGGACACCAGAGUGGCCACCUUCUGUGACAACAACAGCGACAGCCUCCUGCAGGUCAACUCAGGCGGCAGCGUCCUGAAGCUGGCCGCAGGGGACACCGUCUGGCUGGAGAGCGACCCUGAAGCGGGGAACAAGGUUUAUGAAGGCACCGACGCAGACAGCGUGUUCAGCGGCUUCUUGCUCUUCCCGUCGUCAGUCUGAGGAGAAGGAGAUUAGGGGACGCGCCCCGGCCUCAGACAGUGGUCCCUGAUGUCCUCUCUGCAGCUCACUCUUCUAGCAAGGCUACAG